AUGAAUAUCAAUGAUGACCCAAAUUCUCACCAUCUAAUUUCUAGCAAAGAAUCAUCCAGCAACUUUAAAAAUCUAUUGAAAUUUAUAUUAGAGUGCCUUUUAGAGCUCUUUGAGCCUGAAUUUUCAACUAAAUCUCAAACUAAGUGCCAGAUAAUAAUUGAAGUUAUUACAAACUUAAUAUCAAUGAUUCAAUUAGUAUCAAUUUGUUGAUAUCCUGAUAUGCCAAUCAGCGAAUGAAAUUCAUAUUCAUGGCUUUGGAAUUCCUUAUGAAUUUUUAAUUAUGACAAUUUAUGUGAAGGAUUUAGCAUAUUUAUUUACUGUUAUAUCAUUGAAUUUUCCUUACUCCCCCCCCCCCCUCCGUGAGCGAACAAAACCAUUAGAAAAAUCGCCAUUUUUUUGACCAAAAACCCACCCUCCGUGAGUGAACAAAAAUUUUUUAAUAGAAAAAAUUUUAAUGGAAAAAAAUUUGGAUAUAUAAGUGAUAAUUAGUAUAAUGAAAUCUAGAGCUAAUUCUGUUUAAAUUUUAAACAAAUUGCGUUUUAAAACAUAAAUUUUGCAAAUUAAAUUAAUAUUUGCUUCCCAAUUUUUGCAAAUUAGGAUUUUUUUAAAUUUCGAAAAAAAUAUUUUUUAUAAAAUUUAUAUAUAAAUUUUUUUUAAAAAAAAAAAUUAACCCCCCUCCGUGAGCGAACAAAAUUUUUUUGUUCGCUCACGGAGGGGGGGGGGAGUUAGUUAUUUAUGCUUUUUUUACUGUGAUUUUAUGCAUUUUUCUUAAAUACAAAAAAUUUUUUAUGGAAAAAAAUUUUGAUAUAUAAAUGAUAAUUAGUAUAAUGAAAUCUAGAGCUAAUUCUGUUUAAUUUUGAACAAACUGCUUUUUAAAAACAUAAAUUUUAUAAAUUAAAUUAAUAUUUGCUUUCAAAUUUUUUGUGAAUUAGAAAAAAAAAUUUUUUAUAAAAUUUAUAUAUAAAUUUUUUAAAAAAAAAAAAAUUAACCCCCCUCCGCGAGUGAACAAAAUUUUUUUGUUCACUCACGGAGAUAUAAAUAAAAUGGCAUUCGGUUCGAGAGAAAUUAGCUCUGCUAAUUUUCUCUCCCUCAUGGAAUUUUAUUUAUAGGGUUAGGUUUUCACUCGAAGACUUCUGGACAGCAAUAGCGGUUUAACUCUGGAGAUAACCAGAGGAACCACUCCUCAGUCCACUCAAGAUUUCGGGCUUUUACCUCUCAGCACAUCCCCACGGGAGGAUGACCCUUAGGCGGAACACGCGCAGGAGCUGAGUCGAGCGACAAGGGCGACGCAACGCGCCGGGUGAGACGUGCAGCAAGGCCGGUGAAGCAGGAGUUGAUAGAAGGCUUGGACGGGGUUGACCCGUGCCAAGAUGGCUCGCCUACGUCAUCAGUUUUGCCAUAGGCCCUUUUGGGCUGCGGCACUAGACACCUUAAACACCAGAUAAUUAAGUAAGUAAGUUCACUCACGGAGGGGGGGAGUAAAUAUUUUUGGCUAUAAACUGCCAUUAAUUUUUAUUCAUACUGUCAAACAACUAUUAUUUUAUUUUACAUCAUUGCUAUUUAUUCCAUUUUUGAUUAUUUUACUUCUAGUUUUCAAAUAUUCAGCCUUUAAAAAUACACAAGUACAGGAGUAUUAUGAUAAUGAUUUGUCUAAAUUUGAUUAUGGAAUUUUUGGGUCAGUCUUAAGCCCAUUCAUUUUUUCCGUUUUUAUUGCAAUGGUCUUUACCAAUGAACUCCUAACUGCGGAUCUAAGACAUUCAAUCUCGGAUAAAAAUAUAAGAGCAAGAUCUAACUCUUUAUGAGACUUAAUAUGAAUAUCAUUUUGUAUCGUGCAAAGCCUUCUGUAUGUUUUUAUGGAUCAAAGCUAUUUAAUUUAUUAUUUAAUUAUACUCUCAGUUAUGGGCUUAUAUUUAUUUUGAUGUGGAAUAAGAUUUCUGCAUUAUUAUAACUCAAUAGAAAUGUCUAUUAAAAUGUGUAAAGUUGGUUCAGUUUGCAUAAUCCAAUUAUUUUUUAUACUUGGCUAUGCAAUUGAUGAUGCUGAAACUCUUACAAUCCUUACUCCCCUUGUGAGCGAACAAAAUCAUUAGAAAAAUACCUAUUUUUUGCCCAAAAACCCACUCCGUGAGCGAACAAAAAUUUUUUAUAAAAAAUUUUUGAUAUAUAAAUUAUCACGGUAUGAUAAAAUCUAUAGCUAAUUCUUGUUUAAUUUUAAACAAAUUGAGUCAUAAAACAUAAAUUUACAAAUUAGAUUAAUAUUUGCUUUCCAAUUUUUCCGAAGUGGAAUGUUUUUAAGUUUCGAAAAAAAAAAAAAUUCUAUAAAAUUUAAAUAAAUUUUUUUAAAAUAAAAAAUUAAACCCCCUCAGCAAGCGAACAAGAUUUUUUUGUUCGCUCACGAGGGGCGAAAUAGUAUUUUUGUAACACCUUGAUUUUCUGCAUAUAUCAUUUAUUUUAUUCACAAAAAGAAUUCAGGCCUCAAAAAUAGAGCAUGCAAUAAAUUAAAUCAAUUUACACUCGAGCAUACAUUAAGACAUUUUUUAAUCAACAAGAGCUAUGACAAUAAAGAGGAAAUAGUUAGAAUAUUUUGCAAAUAUUCUAAUAAGAAAUGCUUUAUUAGUGAUUAUCUUUUAGUAAUAUGAGAAGUUAACUUCAUCAGUUAUACAAUCAAAGAUGAAAGAUUAGCAAGAGUAAAAUUAGCCAAAAUCACAAGUUUCCCAUCUAGCUUUGAAGGAAUCAUCCAGAAGCAAAGAGUUCUUAAAAAUUUUCAAGACAAAAAAUCUCAACAAUUACCAGAAAUUGACUAUUUAGAAUAUUUAACUGGACUUGACAAAGCAAAAAGACUUGAUGAGGAAUUAUGCAUUAUUUUGAUGGAUUUAUGAGCUGAAAUUGCUGGGAAAAAUUCAAAAAUUAUAAAGAUACGUAAUUUUUCUGAUAGAGUUGCUGAUCUCUCUGAUAAAUUAAAAUCACUAUAUAGUAGUCUUGCAAAUAAGAACAAAUAUCCUGAAGUAUUUGAUUUAUACGGGAUGCUUUUAAUAAAUAUUCUUGGGGAACCUUAUGAAGGAAAUAUCAUGAUUCAAAGGAAAUAUGGCAUUAAAAAAAUUAGAUCGAUUUUAAGGGAUCAUAGCAAGUCGGUGGAUUAUGGUGAAAAUGUUGGUUUUAUAUUGAUAUCAACCCAUGCUGACUCUUUUGGAGCUGUUGCUUAUAUGAAUGAAAAAGCUGCAGCGAUAUUGAAAGUUUCAUCUGUUGAGAUAAUAGAUCAGACUUUAAUGUUUUUGUCCCAAAACCCUUUUCAUUAA